GGAGAAGGAAGAAGGAGGCAGCAGGGCGCCGGAGGCAGCAGCCCAGGGGAGGAAGGUAUGCUUCAGCCACUGCAGCGAAGGAGCAAUACCAAGUUGGAAAGAUCAGCAGUAAAUAGAGUGGAGAAUUUGCCACGUUGUGACUGAGGGUAGAAGAAAAAAAAAAAAAAACCUGCAAGGAGAUCAGCCCAGCAGCAGAUAUUCCACACUUGUGGAAUCCAGAGGCUUUGGGGGAUCUUUGUCGCACUUCCAGAAGAACAAAGAACGCUGUCACACGUCCGUAAUUGUGUCACCUGAAAUCUGGUACCAGCUGUAGUGUAGAUGGCUCAGCUUCCUCCUGGGAUUCGUUUCAUCACUUCAUUCUCACGAGAUCAGUGGUAUAGAGCUUUCAUUUUCUCUCUCACUUUCCUGCUUUAUGCCAGCUUCCAUCUAUCAAGGAAACCUAUCAGUAUAGUGAAGGGAGAGCUGCAUAAGCAGUGUGCAAGUCAAGUUGAACUUGACUCCUACAAAGAAUAUGCUGCCCAGAUCCAGCAUGUCAGAAAGCCAUUUAAUGCCUCUCAGUGUGGAUGGGAGCCAUUUGAUAAGAGCAACUACAAACAGCUACUGGGAGCACUGGAUUACUCAUUUUUGUGUGCAUAUGCAGUUGGAAUGUAUUUAAGCGGACUCAUCGGAGAGCGGCUGCCCAUCCGGUACUAUCUGACAGGGGGGAUGCUCGCCAGUGGACUCUUCACUGCAAUGUUUGGAUUGGGUUAUUUCUAUAAUGUGCAUAACCUGUGGUUUUACAUAAUGGCCCAGAUAGCUAAUGGGUUGGUGCAAACCACUGGCUGGCCAAGUGUCGUUACAUGUAUUGGCAACUGGUUUGGAAAAGGAAGGAGAGGUUUGAUCAUGGGAGUCUGGAAUUCGCACACUUCAGUGGGGAAUAUCUUGGGAUCCUUGAUUGCUGCUUACUGGGUGUCCACGUGCUGGGGUCUCUCCUUUGUGGUGCCUGGGGUCAUCGUGGCUGUCAUGGGGGUUGUUUGUUUCCUGUUCCUGAUUGAACAUCCUAAAGAUGUCAGUUGCUCCUGCACACUGUCCAGUAGUUCUAAAACCUUCCUGAACGGCGCCUCUCGGUGCAGAAUCCAGAUGCCGACCUUAAAUGCUAAGGAAAAUGGCAAACCUCAGGAUCCAGAGAUGCAGCAUUUACUGACUGACCCUGAGAACUGCAGCCUGUCACUGAGCCCCAGCUCUGUGGCCACUGGGGAAGGAAGGCAUGGGACAUCAGCCAUCAGCUUCCUUGGGGCCCUGAGGAUACCUGGAGUUGUGGAGUUCUCCCUUUGUCUCCUGUUUGCAAAGCUGGUGAGCUACACUUUCCUCUUCUGGCUUCCCCUCUACAUCACAAAUGUAGAGCAUCUUGAUGCCAAAAGAGCUGGGGACCUUUCUACGCUGUUUGAUGUGGGUGGGAUCUUUGGUGGGAUUUUGGCAGGUCUCAUUUCAGACAGGCUGGAGAAGAGGGCAUCAACCUGCGGAAUGAUGUUGCUGCUUGCAGCACCCACACUGUACAUGUUCUCUGCAGUCAGUAAAAUGGGCCUUGAGGCUACUGUAGUGAUGCUGCUUAUCAGUGGUGCCCUGGUGAAUGGCCCUUAUGCCCUGAUCACCACUGCUGUCUCUGCUGACUUGGGUACCCAUAAAAGCCUGAAAGGGAACGCAAGAGCCUUGUCCACAGUGACAGCGAUCAUCGACGGGACAGGAUCUGUGGGUGCAGCUCUGGGGCCUCUCCUGGCUGGCCUUAUUUCCCCUUCUGGUUGGAACAACGUGUUUUACAUGCUCAUGGUGGCAGAUGCUUGUGCCUUGCUACUCUUACUCCGUCUAAUCCAGAAGGAGCUUCAGUGUCAUGCAGAUCACACCCUGUUCAAAGAGCACUGAGCUACGAGACCAGAGCUGGGAUAAGGAGUGUGCCAGUGCAUGGAGCUCUUCCCUGAAAACCAAACUCCAAGGGACACCUUAUUCUGUAUUUGAAGGGUGUGGUGAAGAGCCUUGCAGGUUUACUGGGGGCAGUGUGAGACAGGUAAAUCCCUGGAGCUCUGAUUUUUGCACAUGAAUAAGUACCUCAGGAUGGCAGCUGUUCAUCAGAUGAAGAGAUGGGACUUUGGGAAGGUUUCAGCAGCACGCUUCGACUGAGCCAAAGAGAAAUACCAAGUGCCUUUUUUAUUUCUUUUAAUAGGAUGUUUUUAAUUGAAACUAUAAACUGUGUAUUUGCCAAAAAUCAAGGCAAAGCUAGAGCAGGAGGAAGUUGAAAUUUUAAGUCUAUGAGUGACUGUCUCAGUGGGCAAAGUGUGUGUCUCUUAUGUCAGCUUGUGUACACUGAAAGCAUCACUUUAUAGAGGACAAUAUCAGCUGGUUAUUAAGAUGUGCUGCUAUUAGUAUUUGAAGCUGCUCAGACAAUAAUCACCCUGCUGUAUUAUUAGUUUGUAGCUACAGUACUACUUCCCAAGGACAGCAUCCAGCCUUUUGGUAGGUUAUAAAAUAGAAUUUACUCUUGGCUGUGUACUGCAGUUAGCAGUUUUCACAGAUCCUCUGGAUGGAUGUUAGUCCUCCAUUAGGAAUGUACAAAAAAAGGAGUCCUAAGCAACAAAAAGCAGUUUAUGAGUCAGAAUUUCCAGUGGGGGCUCUAAUGAUUUUUCAGGGCAUUAUAAACUGGUUGUGCAAACGUCACAGAAUUGUGCUGCUCUGCUCUGCUAGGCUGGGCUGACGUGAGAGGGGUUUCUUUGGGGUGGCAGAGAGCUGUGAAGUGUCCUGUGCUUCAGCUCACAGGACUGAGCAGGUGGAGCUGCUUUGGUGCCCACUGGCACAGGGGUCUCUGUUGGGUUUCAGUGCUGGUGUGUGCACAUGGAAGUCAUCGUCUGAUCCAGGCCUUAAUAUCCAGAAAUCUCUCUCAAGUGGCUCUGGGUUUCAGAUUUGGAGCCAAAAUAUCAGAGAAGAAAAAUUACCUGUGUGGGUGGUAGUUUGUAAGAGAACAUUUGAGUACCUAGUGCUACCCAGAAGAUAGAUGGUUUAAUGUCUUCAGAACAUAUUUCUUUGUACAGCUGUCUGCUUUGCAAACAGAAUGUUUCUGUGAUUUUUUUAAAUUUUUUUUUUGGGAUGUACAAAGUGAAAAGAAUUUUUUUUUUUUUUUUUUGUAUGGGUGUUUAUACUUAGAUCACAAAGAUGAGAUAAUUUAAACUGUGUGUUGUCCUUAACUGUAUUUAUUAAAGCUCUAGGCCUUUG